CUCCAUCAAAUGAAAUCGCAGAAGAUGAUGUGUAUACUUAUUUGGCUUUCAUCUCCGAUCACGUGAUCACGCGCCGAAGUCGCGUCGGGAAACUCAACUAAACCACAUAUACCGUAAUGGCGACAAAAAGCUGCGUCUCAAGGAUCUAUCGUCAAGGUAUCCUCAAAUCACCCACUCCGAAACGUACCAUUUGCGAUUCCGAACACACUUCACAACCACGGAAAGCCUUUGGCGACCUUGACGACGCAAUGGAUUCUGACAGUUCAAUCGAGAUGUUCGAGGGUAACCUGUUUGCACAGGAAAACCAGAAGAGGGAAAAGGACUCGAGUAAGAAGCAACCCAAGCCAAUCCACCCAUUCUUUUCGGAGCAGUCCAGUCGUAAAGUUGCCUUUACUUCUACAUUGUCUAAAUCGAAUAUCAAGGUGGCAAAUCUCGACGAGAAUCUCAUAAGUACAGAAUCCGUUGCACUGCGACCCGAUAAAGUACUCAAGAAAUCCCUGAAUCACACGAGCACUAUGGAGACUGAGGUAUCCAGACAGGGAAUUCCUCCGAAGAAAAUGGAUGGCGACAGUAACAAAGCAGAAGCAUACAACAGCGAAACCUUCACCAGUAUGGCAGUAGCUCGAAGCUCAGGCCCCGGAGGGAGAAUGCCCGAAUAUUACAAAGGAAAAGGUAGUCGAGUUACAUUGUCAAAGUCUAUUUCCAUCACCGAAACAGUCUCCUCAAUGCCUAACUUGCCCACUUUCUCCUACAAAAAUUACUGCUUCCCCUCACCCGCCGUUGUCUACACGCGCUGCGAGGAUGAUGCCAACAGAUUGGUUCAAACACUUGAAAGUCCCCUUGGAUUUGACCUCGAGUGGCGUAUACAAUGGAAUUCUGGUGCCCAGGAACGACGAACAGCACUAGUGCAGCUGUGCGACAGAUCGACUAUCUUGCUGAUCCAGGUAAGCCAAAUGAAACGAUUUCCGGAAAGGCUCUUGGAAGUAAUUCAGUCGCCAGACAUCGUAAAAACAGGAGCGAACAUCCACAAUGAUGGCGAGAAAUUGUAUCGUGACUUUGGGAUCACAGCCCAGGGACUCGUCGAGCUUGGUGCGCUUGCGCAUGUCGCAGAUGAUGCUUUCUCUAAGAUAUACAAGCGACGGGUAGUCAGUCUCGCCAAGAUGGUUGCUAUGUACCUCAAGUUCAAUUUAGCGAAGAGCAAAGAACGUACUAGUAAUUGGGAGGCAGACCUGAAUGAUAAGAUGGUGCAUUAUGCGGCGAAUGAUGCAUAUGCAGCGUUGAUGGUACACCUGAAGCUCCUGGACUUGGCCAAAGCUGGCGACAAAGAACUUGAUCCAACAAAGUAUACUAGCUCAGUCGAUCCACCUAGUCAAAGGACGGGUAGCACCAAGGUGAUAGCAUCACCUACGACGCUGGAAUUCAAUGCGCCAUUAUUAGCACCAACGCCCCCUCGCCCGCAAUACAUGCGGGCUUAUAACCUAUGGCACCACCGGAAUACACCCCUUGAUAAGAUGUGCGACAUAUUAAAGACAGGUGGGCGAGUGGAACCUCUGAAAGAGAGUACGGUGAUAUCGUACGUGGUGGGUGCCAUCCAGGCAGAUACGUCGCUGCCGUUCGAUAUGAAUAAGCUGUUAGAGCUGGUAAAGAUGGAGGCGGGAAGUUGGUCACGACAUCGAGCAUGGUUGAUGGCGACAGAGAGGAGCGGCCGUGGAUGUUGUGUGCCGCCGGAAUCGAAAUAAUUUAACGGCCGACAGGCUGGAUGCCGCCGACUGGCCGCAUUGCGGAGUAUGUAUGUACAGCAGCAGGUUGUAUGGUAUAUAAGAUUGGGGCAACGUUCCCAUGUUGCAG